GAUUUUCAACUUAAUGAAAAUUACGAUAAUUAUGCUUCCACUGUAGCUAUUUGAGAAUCAAAGUAGGAUCAAGCCACUUAGUAUUUUUAAGAACAUAGGAGAUGACAAUUAAGGAGCUGGAUUCAAAUCUAACUUUAUCGCUUAGACUACUAAUAGGAAAAGUGUUGAUAAAUUUGUGGAUGAUGCCAAUAAUUAGUCUGAUGAGCAGGAGAAGAAAUAAUGA